GUUAGCUUAGCUGGGUUAGCAGAGCGGUUGUGGGUGAACAUGGCUGCUGCAGUGCUGAAGGUGCAGGUCAGUCGUACUGUCAGACUUUAUCUACGGAACUUAAUAUGGACCAAAGGAUGUGGUGUCAGACAUGCAUCGAUGGGGCGAAUAGAGAAAGUCCUCAUCGCUAACCGAGGAGAGAUAGCGUGUAGAGUGAUGCGUACAGCCAAAAAGAUGGGCGUGCGCUCGGUCGCCGUGUACAGUGAUGCUGACAGACACUCGAUGCAUGUGGCCAUGGCGGAUGAGGCGUUUCACAUCGGCGCAGCGCCGUCACAGCAGAGUUACCUGUGCAUGGAGAAGGUUCUAGAUGUCGCCAAGAAAUCUUCUGCGCAGGCGAUCCACCCUGGUUACGGCUUCCUCUCUGAGAACACGGAGUUUGCCGAACUGUGCAAACAGGAAGGAAUCAUUUUCAUCGGACCGCCGUCCUCAGCGAUCCGCGACAUGGGAAUCAAGAGCACGUCGAAACACAUCAUGGCUGCUGCUGGUGUGCCCAUCAUUGAGGGUUACCACGGAGAGGACCAAUCGGAUCAGAAGCUGCAGGCUGAAGCCGCCAGGAUCGGCUACCCUGUGAUGAUCAAAGCCGUUCGAGGUGGAGGCGGGAAGGGAAUGCGUAUCGCUCACUCUGAGGCCGAGUUUCACGAGCAGCUGGAAUCCGCCAGGAGAGAAGCGCGCAAAUCCUUCAACGACGACGUCAUGCUGGUGGAGAAGUUUGUGGAGAACCCGAGGCACGUGGAGGUUCAGGUGUUUGGAGAUCAGCACGGUAAUGCCGUGUACCUGUUCGAGAGAGACUGCAGCGUCCAGAGAAGACAUCAGAAGAUCAUUGAAGAGGCACCGGGGCCUGGCAUUAGUCCUGAAGUGAGGCGUAAACUGGGCGAGGCAGCGGUUCGAGCAGCUAAAGCCGUUAACUAUGUAGGAGCAGGUACCGUGGAGUUUAUCAUGGACUCCCAGCACAACUUCUACUUCAUGGAGAUGAACACUCGUCUGCAGGUGGAGCACCCCGUGACCGAGAUGAUCACCGGGACGGACCUGGUGGAGUGGCAGCUCAGGGUUGCUGCCGGUGAGAAGCUUCCUCUCUCUCAGGAUGAGAUGGUACUGCGGGGCCACUCGUUCGAAGCUCGAAUCUACGCCGAGGACCCCAGCAACAACUUUUUACCUGGAGCUGGACCCCUGCUGCACCUGUCCACACCGCAGGAGGAGCCCGACACCCGCAUCGAGACGGGGGUACGACAAGGGGACGAGGUUUCGGCGCAUUAUGACCCCAUGAUUGCCAAACUGGUGGUGUGGGGAGAGGAUCGCUCGGCCGCAUUACAGAAGCUGCGCUACUGCCUACGCCAGUACAACAUUGUGGGUCUCAACACCAACAUCGACUUCCUGCUGAAUCUCUCGGGUCACCCCGAGUUUGAGGCGGGUAACGUCCACACCAGCUUCAUCCAGCAGCACCACGAUCAGCUGUUUCCGGCACCCAAGGUACCGGGGGGAGACGUCGUCUGCCAGGCGGCCCUGGGUCUCGUCCUCCAGGAGAGGGAACGCACCCGGGAGUUUCUGCACCGGUCACAUGACGUCUUCUCUCCCUUUGGCUCGAGUAACGGGAACCGGCUGAACCUGCUCUUCUGCCGGAACCUGACGCUGCAGCUCGGGGAGGACAAAGUGGCAGUAGCUGUUACAUAUAAUCCUGAUGGCACCUACAGCAUGGAGACGGGCGGACAGGUGUUCCAGGUGUCAGGUGAGCUGGAGGAAGCGGGUGGAGCCACGUACCUGCACUGCUGUGUGAACGGAGUUCUGUCUCGACCCAAACUGGUCACACUGGACGACACGGUUCAUCUCUUCUCCAUGGAGGGCAGCUUGGAGGUUCAGGUUCCCCUCCCGAAGUUCUUGGCCGGCGUGAGCAGCUCUGGGACACAAGAUGCCGCUGUGGCACCCAUGACUGGAACCAUUGAGAAGGUGCUGGUGAAGGCGGGAGACGCCGUGCAGAAGGGAGAUCCUCUGAUGGUGAUGAUCGCCAUGAAGAUGGAGCACACCAUCAGAGCUCCUAAAGCCGGCGUGAUCAAGAGGGUGCUGUUUAAGGAGGGGUCGCAGGCCAACCGCCACGCUGCGCUGGUGGAGAUGGAGGAGGAGGAACAGCAGGAGGCGACACAGUCGUGAACUCGACUCGACCAGCUUCACGCUCCAGAUUUAACUAACGGCGUCCUGCAGGGACCUUCUGAAUCUGAUGUAUGAACGUGAAGCGACACAGAGGUUUAGAACCUUUAAUGGUAUUAAUGUUAUUAGUUACUGAUGGGUUAGGAGUUUAUGAGCCGAGAUGAAACACUACAGGCUGCUGCUGCUGGAGUAAAUUAUGGUUUGUAAAUGAUUUUUCGGGGGGUUUGGGAGGGAAUAUAGUGGUUUUUGAACCCUGGGUUUGGCAUCUCCCGAUGUUUGUGCCUCCAGAUAUUCUCACUUCUGUUAAUCGUGAGUAGAAGCUCUUCAUAUUGUAGAAAUCUGUAUGUGAAUCAAAUUAAAAGACUAAUUUUCAUACAGCA